UGGGUUAGCGCUUGUGGCUCCACCCACAGGCCUGAAGCAUCUUUCCUGCAGCUCUUGUAUCCAGCCAGCCUGUCUGAACUGCCACUGUCGGAGUGAUUCCCUGGAUCCAAGUUAGGUGAUGAAAAGUUUGGUGGCUUGUGUGAAUGUAAUUGUUGUUGUUUUUUCCUGCUGUUGCUCCAAUGUCUGCUUUACAUGAAGGGUGCCCCAGUAUAACCUCAAGUCCCAACUGGAGACAGUCUGGGCAGAGAGUCUCAUUCCCCAUCUCUAUAAAGGAUACAAACCAAAGAAACAGCAUCAGUAGACUUCAGUCUAUCUACCCACCCAUAGGCUGCAGGAACUUUGGAAAAUCUUUGUCCGGCCCAACUUGUUUUAAUAUGCAGUUCCACCACCAUGGAAAUGCUUUCCACACAAUCCACUCAGAGGACAGCCCAGUCAGGCCAAGGAUAGUGACUGUGGUGAGGCCAGGAGGGAGGAGACACCCGAGGAAGAUAACAAUACUUCUCAACAGACGUUCUGUACAGACCUUUGAGCAGCUCAUUGCGGACAUAUCAGAAGCUUUGGGUUUUCCUCGAUGGAAGAAUGACCGCGUGAAAAAACUAUUCAGCCUCAAAGGAAGGGAAAUCCGUAGCGUGUCAGAUUUCUUCCGUGCUGAUGAUGUCUUUGUUGCAGCUGGAAGGGAAAAGCUGACUCUGAAGGAAGUUCAGGAGGUUUUGGAGGAUCUCUAUCCUGAUAGUCCGUAUUCCCAGAGAUUAAUUCAAAAAGAAUGGGAGCGUUCCCAGAAACCCAAGCCUUAUUAUAAGGGCUCCAAGGCAGACAGCAGCUUUGGUGAGGAGUUUGAGGUUGCCAAGAAACACCUUGGUACGAACCUGGAAAGAGUCAGGGCCAAGGCCAGGCAAGAUGAAAGAGUGAAAGCCAGAAAGUGGAAGAAGGAACAAUGGGAACAAGAACAGAAAGAGCUGACUGAGCGGAAAGGAGCAAAGGAGAUGUACCCACUAAGAGAUGAGGUAAUUGAUAAAGGGGCAGUCGCCUAUGCUGUGGAACACUGCGAAAAGUGUAAAAGAGAACAACAGCUCAAAGUGCACUGCAAUGCUCCCAGAGAAAGAGAUGGGUCACCUGGAAAGGAAGUCCAAAGGAGGGGAAAAGAACAGCCUGAUGACCUGCACUCAGAAAAGAAAAAACUAAGGCAGAGGUGUUCUAGAACAUCGCAGGAAAACUUCAAAGAAGAAAAAGAAGAGGGAGCGGAUGUGAAAGACAUCAAAAAGGCUUGCAAGGAACGCUCCAGGAGGGAUAAAGAACACAAAGAAAUGUGUCCUAUUCAUGGACAACACAAGGUAGAAAGGAAGAGGGCACAAAAAGAAGAAAAUCCAGACACGGCAGUGGGGGAAGUAGAUGAGAUGCAUCAACAGAAUGACCACAAUCAUGCAGAAAAGCAAAGCUCUAGAGCAGAGAUAAGAAAGGAAAUACCCUCCAAAAAAGAAAACCCUGAAAAAAGCAAUGAAAAGAAAGAACUUCACAAAAUGAUGGUAAAAGUGGAGCAAUGGGAAGAAGCUACUGAGAAAAUAGAAAAGGAAAAAACUCCAGCAAUGACCCAGGAAAAAUGUGUUAAAGAGUCUACAAAUAUAUGUGCUGUAAAGAAUAGACACAUAAAAACACAAAGUGACAUAGAGAGCUUCUAUGAGACUGGUCGAACUGUUGGGGAUGGGAACUUUGCAGUUGUGAAGGAAUGCAAGCUUCGAAACACAGAUGCUCUGUACGCCAUGAAGAUUAUUGAUAAAGCCAAACUGAAGGGGAAGGAGCACAUGAUAGAAAAUGAGAUCUCAAUCAUUAAAAGCCUCUCUCACCCAAACAUUGUGAGACUGCUGGAGGAAUAUGAGACCGAGAGUGAGAUCUAUCUAAUCAUGGAGUUUGUUCACGGAGGGGACCUCUUUGAUGCCAUUACAGAGAGUGUGAAGUUCACUGAACACAACGCAGCUCAAAUGAUCAUUGACCUUUGUCAGGCACUGGCUUACACUCAUAGUAAAAAUGUGGUGCACAGGGACCUCAAACCAGAGAACCUGCUGGUUCAACGUAAUGAGGAUGGAAGCACCACACUAAAACUGGCAGACUUUGGUCUAGCAAUGGAGGUGACUGAACCGAUUUUCACAGUCUGUGGUACACCUACGUAUGUGGCUCCGGAGAUACUCUCUGAAAAAGGUUAUGGUCUGCAAGUUGACAUGUGGGCCACUGGUGUGAUCCUCUAUAUCCUGCUGUGUGGUUUCCCUCCAUUUCGCAGUCUGGAGAGAGACCAGGAGGAGCUGUUUGAAAUCAUCCAGCUUGGGGAGUAUGAGUUCCUGUCCCCCUACUGGGACAGCAUCUCCGAUGGUGCCAAAGACCUGAUCAGCAAGCUGCUGGUGGUUGAUAAGCACAAGCGGUACACUGCUCAGCAAGUCCUGCAGCACCCCUGGGUGCGAUCGGGAGGCAAGAUGAACAGCCGCAACCUGCAGAGAGAGGUGACGAUGAACAUUGAGCGGCACUUCAAGAACCGCCGCAGGAGAGAGCACGCUGCUGAGCAAUAGUCAUUGUUCUGAUGAUUUCGGAUUCAUGGUCAAUUAUUCCACUGUUUAUUCCCAACCCCAUUUUGAUAACUCUGUGUACUGUAUAAUGCUAGGUGUAUUGGUGCAUACUGGGAAAUGCAAGACUCCUGUCUGAUAAUUAUGUGAUUUGUUAAAGGGAUGUUUUUAUAUCACACAUCUAUAUUUUCCAAAUAUUACAUUUCUUACUUUCUUAAAUUCAUAUCAUGUGGGUUAUGUGUGAUUCUGUAUUAUCGUAUCUGCUAAGAUCAAUUUUUGCCAUGCUUACUAAGAAUUCCAGCAAGAAUUGCUUCUCAAAAGACUCUUAAAUGGUGAUUGUGGGACAGAGGUGGGGAAGAACAUUAACAUUGCUCUUUGCACUGAAGCCUGUUAGUAAAGCAUUUAGGCACACUGAAGCUUGUGCAACACUGAUAUACUUCCCCACAUCACUUCCCCACACUUGAUCUGCCUUUUCAAAAGCAAUGGAAUAGCUAGUUCAGAAAUCGUGGCAAAUAAUGAUCUAAACAGAACCAACAAUAUAGAAUCAUACAGACCCAUAUAAUAGGAUAUUAUAGAAGUAAGAAGUUACAGAUUAGGAAAAUACAAAUUAUGUUAAGUAUUGAAUCAACAGUAAACUAAUACAAGCUUGACUAUAGGUGUGUGCAAUAACUUGUAUUUGUACUUAGAGUUGCCUUUAAGAAUAAUUUAUUGGCAGAUAUUCAAUAAAUCCAUUAAUUAAUGCGAUGAUUUAAAACCAAGAAUAGCUGUCCUCCAUCAUGUUAACAAUCAAGUACUACUGAAAAGUAAUUUUGCGGGUUUGGUACACCAGUAAGGCAAUAACAAUGUCAGUGCCCCAGAUGAGAGGAAUAUGCUCUUCUUCUCGGUUUUUAAAACACUCAAUGUGGAAGUCAAUUGCCAUUCAUUGGUACUCAAUGGUAAACAUCAGGAAGGACGGCUUUUCUAGUUCUUGUUGAUUAUGCUUUGGAUAGCACACCUUGAGCACACCAAGCUAUUUCACUCAAUGUAUUUCCUUCUUUAUGCAAGUCAAGGUUGUUAUAAUAGUAGAAAACACUAGUGGAGGCUAUGAGUAAAUUAAUGAUGCUAUAAUGCAUCAGAGUAGAAAAAUGCAACAUGUGUAAGACUUUUGCACAGCAGUGUAUAUAUUUACUAUCAAGUUUUAGCAUAGAAAUUGUAUAUUUUGGGAAGAUUUCUCUUCUUCCAGAUUAGAUUUUUCUACUAAAAUGAAAAAUGCUUCUGACGCUUUAAUAUGCUUACUUGCAUGUAAACAGCUGUAAAGUACAACUUGGUGCAUGUAUGGAAUAUCAACAGCACCCCUGUUAUUCCCCUGCAACACUCUGCACCCAGGGAAUGUAAGAAACGUCACAUUAUCCCAAGUGUUAUUUGGUACAGAUGUAUUUCUUGCCUCCAAUAGGGGCAGAGACUGGCAGUGGGAGAGGGUUAUGGAUAAUAGUUAGACUGUGCUUUACCAGAUGUACUUGAUCAGGAUGUAAUAAUUGGAACAGCAAUGUAUACAAAGUGGUAAAAAAGAAGAAGAAGAAGAAGAAGAAGAAGAAGAAGAAGAAGAAGAAGAAGAAGAAGAAGAAGAAUGCAUUACUUAAUAUAAAAGUUCAUGCCCAUACCAAGGUUACCUUUAAGGAGCAGGAGCAUGUAAUGAGUUUGCUUUGACACUGCGAUGCAAAGGGACUGAGGUAACUAUAGGGUAUUUAUUUAAAAUAAUUUUUAAAAGUUAGUUUGGAUUGAAUGACUAGGAUAGUAACAAAGGGCAACUGGCUAUAAUUGUUGUAAGUAUUGUAAGAUAUCUGUACAGAAUGCUAUAAUGUUGUAGAUGUAGAAUUUAGUUUUUGUACAAAUAGACAUCUGCAUCCCCUUGUAUAAUACAUCAUGUGUACAACGCUUCAUGCUUUAUUUUUCACAUGUUUUCAACAUAUGUCUAAUGUGCACCCUCCAAAAUUAAAUACAUUUUGUCACUACAUUGUUCUGACGUGUGUUUAAUCAGUUAAACAUAUUAUAUACUUGUUUGUCCUACCCUUAUAAAUGUUUACCAUUGUAAA